AUGGCAACUACCAAUGACACCCCCAAGCAGCCCGUCGUCUGCGUCUUUUGCGGCGCCUCGAGCGGCACAUCACCUGUGCACAUGGAAGCUGCCCGCGCUCUUGCACAUGCCCUACACAAGGCAAACACCAAGCUCGUCUAUGGCGGUGGCACUGUGGGCCUCAUGGGAGAAGUAGCACGUACUCUUGUCUCGCUCUCAGGCCCUGACAGCGUCCACGGCAUCAUUCCCGCUGCUCUCACCCGCCUCGAGCAGAACCAUGACCCUGCCGAUCCCGACAAGCACACUAUCGAUGAAUCAAUCUAUGGACGCACAACGGUUGUCAAGGACAUGCAUACACGAAAGCAGAUGAUGGCUCAGGAAGUCAUCAAGGGAGGCCCUGGUGGCGGCUUCGUGGCUCUAUCAGGCGGCUACGGAACGUUUGAAGAGCUCAUGGAGAUUACAACGUGGAACCAAUUGGGCAUUCACAGCAUGCCAGUCAUUGUCUUCAACAUCGAUGGAUACUGGAGUGGACUGAUUGAGUGGGUCAAGAAUGCCGUCAAGAGCGGCUUCAUUGCGCCUACCAACGCUGGAAUCUUGUCGGAGGCUCUCACAGCCGACGAGGUCAUUACAUGCUUGAAUGAGUACGAGAAUGCGCCCGGACGUUUUAACCUGACUUGGGAAGAAAAUUAG